AUGUAUUUCAGGACAGAGUCAGCUCAUCUUGUGAACGCUUUGCUGGAGAGACGCCACCACACUGACACCAAGGAGCAGCAGGAGGAUGACUCCCCUCCGGACACUGAGAUGAAGACUGUUAACUGGGUUGCUAGCAAAGACUUUACAGUGGAAGUGGGUAUAAAGCAGAUCAGAGAGUAUAUCCAAACAUGGGAGCUGCAACCCUGCUGGAUCCACUGUCUGGACUUCCUCUACCUCACCGACGAGGAGCAUCACACCUUCUACCACUACCAGGCCCGCUUCAGCACCCCGACCCCCAGGAAGCCCAUCCAGGGCACAGCCAGCGUCUACUUCGCCGUGGACAUCUCUAACGUGAAACCCCACACUGUGCCCGCGGAGGUGCGCUUCGUGGUGGAGUCAAACCGACUGGUGCACACACCCGGGAGGAGCCGGUUCAGAGAGAAGUGGCUGGCGGAGGUUAUUGACAGCAAGAAGUGGCUCCAAAAAGCGGUGGACCAUUUACCACUUGGCAUGAAGCCAGGAUAG